GUGACCCUCUGAAGCCGUGAAGAUGCUGUCGUGUCUCUUCAGGCUCCACGGCCUGUUCGUCGCCUCUCAUCCGUGGGAGGUCAUCUUGGGAACGGUUGCGGUGACCAUGUGUCUGAUGUCCAUGAACGCUUUCGCCACCAGUGACCAGAUCUGUGGCUGGAGCCAUCAGUGUCCCAAAGUACAGGAGAAAAUUCUAAGCGGCGACAUGAACAUUUUAACCAUCACGAGAUGUGUAGCCAUCAUUUACAUCUACUUCCAGUUCAAACACCUCCGUCAGCUCGGCUCCAAAUACAUACUGGGUAUUGCUGGUCUGUUCACCAUCUUCUCCAGCUUCGUGUUCAGCACUGUGGUCAUUCAGUUUCUGGGCAAAGAGCUCACAGGACUGAAUGAGGCGCUGCCGUUCUUCCUGUUGCUGAUCGAUCUGUCUAAAGCCUGCACACUGGCCAAGUUCGCUCUCAGCUCAAACUCACAGGAGGAGGUGAGAGAGAAUAUCGCUAAAGGCAUGGCCAUCCUGGGUCCCACAUUCACCCUGGACGCAGUGGUGGAGUGUCUGGUCAUCGGUGUGGGAACAAUGUCUGGUGUGCGUCAGCUGGAGAUCAUGUGCUGUUUCGGCUGCAUGUCGGUUCUGGCCAAUUACUUUGUGUUCAUGACCUUCUUCCCCGCCUGUGUGUCGCUGGUGUUAGAGCUGUCCCGUGAGAGUCGUGAGGGCCGGCCCAUCUGGCAGCUCAGCCAUUUCGCUCGUGUUCUGGAGGAAGAAGAGGGAAACAAACCAAACCCCGUCACGCAGAAAGUCAAAAUGAUCAUGUCGUUGGGUCUGGCUCUGGUUCACGCUCGCAGUCGACUCGUGACCGAAUCUCCGACGCACAACAUGAGCAGUUCAGACGUGGUUCUGCCCGCACCGAACAUGGAGUCCGACAGAACCAUGUCCAGUGUGGAUCUGGAGCAGGUCAUCACGCUCUCUCUCGCUCUGUUAUUGGCGGCCAAGUACGUGUUUUUUGAGCAGGCCGAAACAGAAUCCUCCCUGUCUAUUAAAUCAAAUGUGGCCACGCCCAACUGCUCCCUGACCAAUCGGAGAGGAGGAGAGGAGCGCUGUCAGAGGGAUUUGGCCCCGCCCAAAGCCCUGAUGGGGGUCCCUAUGAAUAAAAGUGAAGGAGAGCCACCUGAUCUGUCAGAUGGAAACUGUGAGGAGGAUAAAACCGCUGAGCUCCAGGCUCACCAGCGCCGCCCUGUGGACGAAUGUCUGAUGAUUCUUAAAGACCCCAAAAGAGGAGCUCGUUGCCUGACUAACGCUGAGGUGAUGGCGUUAGUGGAGUGCAGGGGCAUUCUGGGAUACCGUCUGGAAGCAGUGAUGGAGAGUCCAGAGAGAGGCGUGGCCAUACGCAGAGAAAUGCUGUCUGGCAAACUCCCGGACGCGUCUGCGCUGGAGAACCUGCCCUACAGACACUACGACUACUCUCAGGUGAUUGGCACCAACUGUGAGAAUGUGAUUGGCUAUGUACCUGUGCCAGUGGGCGUGGCCGGACCACUCCUAUUGGACGGGAAAGAAUUCCACGUCCCCAUGGCAACAACAGAAGGCUGUUUAGUGGCCAGCACUAACCGAGGAUGCAGAGCCGUCACAUUGUCGGGUGGCGUGAGCAGUCGGGUUCUGGCGGAUGGAAUGACUCGAGGGCCGGUGGUUCAGAUGCCGUCGGCGUGUCGUGCAGCGGAGGUCAAGGGCUGGCUGGAGACUCCAGAGGGCUUCAGUGCCGUCAAACAGGCCUUUGAUCACACCAGCAGGUUUGCUCGUCUGGACCGGCUGCAGGUCAGUUUGGCCGGGAGGAACCUGUACAUCCGCUUCCAGUCUCAGACCGGAGACGCCAUGGGCAUGAACAUGCUGUCAAAGGGAACAGAACAGGCUCUGAGCAGACUUCAGGAGCGUUAUCCUGACAUGCGUCUGCUAGCCGUCAGCGGGAACUACUGCACCGAUAAAAAAUCAGCUGCUGUCAACUGGAUCCACGGCAGAGGAAAGUCCACCGUGUGUGAAGCAGUCAUACCGGCACGAGUCGUCAGAGAGGUGUUGAAGAGCAGCACAGCGGCUCUGGUGGAGCUGAACAUCAGUAAGAAUCUGGUGGGCUCAGCGAUGGCGGGAAGCAUCGGGGGAUUCAACGCUCAUGCGGCAAACGUCGUAACAGCCAUUGGGCUUAGGUAUGGAUGUGGUGGGCUCAGCGAUGGCGGGAAGCAUGGGGGAUUCAACGGUGCAGAUCCGGCGCAGACGGUGGGCAGCAGUAACUGUAUUACUCUGAUGGAGUGUGUCGGGACGGAUGGAGAGGAUCUGUAUGUGUCCUGCACGAUGCCAUCAUUAGAGCUGGGAACUGUGGGAGGAGGAACCGGGCUGCCUGCACAACACGCCUGUUUACAGAUGUUGGGAGUUCAGGGCUCCAGCGAUCAGUGUCCCGGUGAGAACUCGCGGACGCUGGCGCGGAUCGUCUGUGCCACGGUUCUGGCCGGAGAGCUCUCUCUGAUGGCCGCUCUCUCCGCCGGACACCUCGUCAAGAGUCACAUGACUCACAACAGGUCAAAAGCCAAUCUUCGAGAGACUGAACCGCAGCCGAAUGAAGCUUCCUGAAGCCCAGAGAACUCUGGGAAAUGGAGUCUGUGUGGUUUCUGGUGAUUAUUCUCAGGGCCUGCAGGAGUGACAGAUGUCUGGAGGAGUUCUCUUCUGUGAAGCAGCUGGGAAGGACUAAUGCUUGACGUUUGAGUUGUGCAUCUGUUUUGUGAGACGGCUACACGAGUGAAUGAGCGAGAUGCUGCUGCGUUUGUGACUCGAUUGCUGCUCGUUUCACUCAGUCUGUGUCCGUUUAGUCUUGCACUAAAAGCCAAAACCGUUACUUGCUCAAGAUUUGUCAACAUCUGGUACAAACUGAAGUCAAAACAAGUCAGAGUUUAUAUUGCUUGAGAGUGAAAACUGCAGAAAAUAGGACGUGAAAACAGGAAAAUUUCUAGACUAAAUCAUGAUCUCCGAUCAGAGUUUGAUGGGGAUUUUGCAGUUUGGAUCUUCAGUCUCUGAAUGAAUGUAUUUAAAUCAUGUGUUUAAUUAAUCACGCCAAACUCACUGUGACAAACUCCACUGACAGACCUUAUAAACCAGGUGCUACUGUACUUUAAUAAUAGUCAUGUGAGUUCAUGAAUGUGGAUGUUAUGUGUGUUUCUGUUGCCUCUGCAUGAGUUCAUGACUUUUUGUCAACAAAGCAAAUCCUUUCACUUUCUGACCAUAGAAAGAGAUGAUGAAGCCAUAUCUGUGUCUUUUAAACUUGCUUUGUUUUGCUAAACCACUGAUCAGAUGAGCACAUUUUUUAAUUAUCACAGUAUUUUUGUUAAAUAAUAACGGUUUUAAAAGAAUUAAAAUGGACAAAUGAACAUGAAAAAA